UUUAAAAUUUUCAUAAUUAAACAUUCAGUGGAAAGGUGUUAUCGAUUUAAUUGAUAAAAAUUACAAAUUUCACCCGGAAAAUGGAUAAAUAAAUGGAAAAUUUUAUAUCUUCGAUUAUUGUGAAAAAACCAAUAUCGUAACGUAACUCCAACAACAAAAAUGUAUUUUUAAAUACAGUCUCUUCGAUAAAGAAGCAACAACAAAUUUUCACCUUUUUGAAGCAAGUCACGGAAGACAUUCCGCUCCGAUCCAAUGAUGUUCAACAUGGAUUCCUUCGAAUUCGAUGCGAUGAUGAGUCGUCAUCUGUUCGAACAAUCAGCAUCUACGCCGCCAGGAUAUCUCACAAAUGCAUCGUCAUCCAGCUCGGACUACUUUUUCUUCUCGGAAGACAGCGAAUCGAGUUGCGGCUACAACAGUGAUCAAGAAAAUACUCACGAUCACAAAGAGUAUUCGAACAGCAAUUCCAACUCCAACACACCGCGAAAACGCAUCAAAUCCGCAACGCAACAAAUCCAACAACGUCAGGCGGCAAAUAUGCGAGAACGGAGACGCAUGCAAAGCAUCAACGAGGCAUUCGAGGGCUUGCGAACACAUAUUCCAACGUUGCCAUACGAAAAACGUCUCAGCAAAGUCGACACGCUGAAGUUGGCGAUCAGUUACAUUCAAUUUUUGGGUGAAAUGCUGAAAAAAGACAAAAAUGGAAACGACACAGGACUAAAUGGCUUGUCGCGGAACAUCAAGAAGGAACCGCCGAAGAAAAUUCUGCUGCGAGGUUCCGGUGGCCAAUAUCUGCAUUCACUCUCGUGGCAGAGGAAAAACGAGAAAAGCCCGAAUGGUAGGUAUUUUGCGAGAAUUUGGACGCCAGAGGAACCGGGAGACAAUCAACGACAUGGAUUACCUGAUUGUUCAACAUUUUCUCCAUUAUUAUAAGAUUCAUAAAAAUUUUCUAGUCAUAAAAGAAAAAUUUAUAAAAAAAAACUUGAUUGAAUUAUUUUAAUUAAUUUUUAACCUUUUU